UUUUUUUUUGUUGCGGCUAUUUUCCACCAUUUCCUCUUAUUUAGAGCCUAUGCCGUUUGUCCCUUCUCGUACUCCCAAAUUAAUUCGCCCGAUUUCCUCAAAUCUUAUUCUUCAAUUUUCCAAACGGCCUCCGCAGCAAAAUCCAGAGUUCAAACUCUCCGGCGGUACAUAAAGAAGCCGUGGGAAAUCACCGAUCCGGAGUACAGGUUGGCGGUGCCCAAGGCCACCGAGUACCGGGUCUUCUGCCCCGCCACUGUCCCCGAGAAGGCCAUCGUCCCCACAUCCCUUCCCGAGACUGUUUAUGAUAUCAAGUACUACUCCUGCGAUCAGCGCCGCAACCGCCCACCUAUAAAACGCACCGUUUUGAAGAAGGCUGAUGUGGAAAAGAUGAUGAAGGAGAAGACUUUUGAUACCAGUGAUUUCCCCAGGCCUUAUUUGACUGCAAAAGUUGUGGAGGAUGACAAUGCCAUUGGCGGGGGCUACCAGAAAUGAAAAAAAUAAGGUAUAAUGAUAUCGGAUUUUGAAUUUAAUUAAAAAUUUUUGGGUUUUUUAGGCUAUGAGUGCGGUUUGUAGUGGAAAUAUGGGCUUUGAUUAUUAUGAAUGAGUUUGCAUUGAGGACAUUGUACAUGCAAUUAGAUAUGGUGGAGAAUUUUUGCAUUUUUUAGUUUUAUUUUGUUAUGGGUGACAAUUCAGAAGUUCUUCAGGUGGGAGUAGGGGAGGAUUGAUUGAUUGGGUGAUAUGUGAAAUUUCUCAAUCUAUGCUGCCGUGUGAAGUGUGGGGUAUUGAGGUGAUUUUUGAGCGAUCGUGUGUUAGAUCUAUAUACAUGCCUUAAACGCAAAUUCCUACUGUUGGGUAGGGAAAAUGCACUUGAAAGGAUACUAAAAUCUUCGAGAAGUUUGUAGUUAGUACAGAGGCGUUUUAGAAUUGGAAUUUGAAAUGAUUUUUGUGCAUUCCAAUUUCAGGAUAAUAUAAUGCUGUGAACAGAUUAAAAAAAGAUUAAUAUGUAUGCGCAUAUAAGAUUAGAUCUUGGAUG